AUUGAAGUUGAUAUCUUGGAGGUUAGGCAUCUAAACAAGGGUUAGGGCUGAAGCAGCAAACAACUCUUGACAAGGGGUUGGUUGUGUUCCAGACAUUCGAUGCCAAGCAAUACCCCGAUUUGUGACAUCUCACACUACACAAUCAUCUUCGCACUAGAGAACUCGAUCGAACAAGACCUUUCUCCAAGUAGUCAAAGAUAUCAACGGUUGAGGUGGUUGGGAGGGAACCAAACAGGGGUCCUUGUCCAACAAACCGAUGAUCAGGGCUUUCACCGCUCCGCGGUUUGGGAUCACUUCAGCAGCAAAAAUUCCACCACAUCACGAGGUCACAAAACCUGGUGUUUUCCUCUCCAACUCCCUUGCAAGCAGAUGCCGCCUCACAACUUCUCUGAGGGUUACCCAGGCUAAGAUUUGGCGCACUGUUCAACUUGUACAGCAGCAAGGGAGGGACUCCUAAGCUGACAAUGUCCUAAUGACCUCGUCAUAGCCCUUACAAAGAGCUCCAAGUGUGAAAAUUUUGCACCUUCACCUGAUGCCAGGAUUUGCCAUCCAGCCACUGGUGGUUUCCAGAUCCAUGAUGGGGCUUGUCAAUCGUGGUCCAAUUCUUUGGUUUCUUCAAGCCUGUCAUUGGAGCUUCUGUUCAUGGUCGGGUUCAAGUCGGGUACAUCCGCAUGGGCUGGUGUCGGGGGGAACCUCCAAUUCGGUCGACUUGCACGUCAGCCGCCACUGUGCCCGGUUGGCUAGAAUUGCGGCUCUCACAAGGGUUUUUUGCUGACGAUGGUGACUUUUCCCCCCCCCUAAGUCCUGAUUCAGGAAGCAUGUGGCCCAUUAAUGACACCCUGGUACCCAGCGCUGCGGAUAUGGCGGCUCUUCCCGGGGCUAGCUGUGGUUGGGGCGGGGGAUUUGUUCCUGGGAUACCAAAAGUACCGGUUUCGGGGCUAGAGUAAAAGACAGGGGGGGCGUGUUGUUCAGCACCAAGCCAGAUCGAGGGAUGGACUCAUGGAAGAACGACCGGACACAACUAGUGUCAGGAGACUAGCCAGGCCAAGGCUGUCAGAAAGGCAAAAAAUCCCAUGGAGGACUUGCCGUAUGGGAUAUAUACUUCCGCCGGCAACAACGAAGGAGACUUUACAGCCGGUGACGAGCCUGCUCUUUCUGUUGUUCGGUCAAAACUCACCUUGACAGUCACCAUAUUCUUUGUGUCAUCGCUAUGGAAAGCACGGCCUCAAAGCAGCUACCACCGACGACAAAGGGCAACAUGACGCGGCCACGACCGUUGUCGACCUUCUCGUCGGCCUCCACCCAUGUCGAUAUCCUUAUCCCCAUUACUCCCCCAACGAUCACCCCCUCCCUAACCCUCAGCACCACCCCCGCGCCUCCUAUGGACCCAGAAAACGGCGUGUCAACAAAGGAGAUGAUAGUAGACUCGCCACCAGAAGGUGGUCUGCAAGCGUGGUUGACAGUUGCUGGGUCCUUCUGCAUCACCACAGCCGUGUACGGAUUGAGCAACUCUGUCGGUGUCAUCCAACCCUACUGGGCCCAGCACCAUCUGUCCUCCUUUCCGAUCCAAGACAUCGCCUGGAUCUCAGGCGCCAACAUCUUCCUGUGUUUGUUCCUGGGCGUCCAGGUCGGCCCAUGGUUUGACCGGUUCGGUCCGAGAUGGCUGCUGAUGGCGGGUAGUCUGGUGUACCUAGCUGGACUUGUCGGGCUAGGCUUCCUGUCAGAAGAGAGCGAUGUCCAUGUCAGACAGGGCGUGCGAGCUCCGGGUGUCAUGUAUGGUAUUUUGAUGUUUCUCUGGGGUAUCGUCAUGGGUUCGGGGGCGGCUUUAUGCUGCACUGUUGCUCUCUCUGUUCUCGCCCACUGGUUCGAGAAGAAGAGGGGGUUGGCGGCAGGGAUUGUCUUCGUUGGUAGCAGCGUGGGGGGUGCUGCUUUUCCGUUGGUGUUGAGGACCACGCUGCCCAAGUUGGGAUGGGCAUGGAGCAUGAGGAUCCUGGCUCUCAUUGUGACAUCGCUGUUGGGUAUGGGGAACAUCCUGAUCAAGGGUCGCAUAAAGGGUCGACGGGGGUCGGGGGCGAUCAACUUUGGAUGUUUUCGAGAUGCUAGCUUUCUGUGGACGACUGUUGGUUGCUUCAGUAUGUGCCUUCUCGACUUUGGACUAGGCUCAGGAGUUGGGCGGCUGGUGGCGGGUGCCAUCUCGGACAAGAUUGGCCGGUUCAACACCAUGAUCUUGACCACCAUCUUCUCCAUCAUCACAACAUUUGCCGUCUGGAUGUUGGUGGAAACGGACAGGAUGUGGCUACUCUACCUGUUCGCAGCCCUUUUCGGCUUCGGCACCGGUUGUGUCAUUAGCAUCGGGCCGAUCUGUGUUGGGCAACUCACUGUUCCCAACAAGUUUGGGCAGUACUACGGUACAAGUUACAGCGUGGUCAGCUUUUCGUAAGUCUAGAAGCCUGAUCUCAGGAUCCAAAUGAGAACACCUCUACUGACUGGGGCAAAAGGUCGUUGCUUUGCAUUCCUCUGAGUGCCUCGAUCCUCGAGAACCUAGGCACAGAGGGUUUUGUCCUUGUUUUUGGUGCAGUGUUGAUUUCGGCGUUAGCAGCGUUUUCGUUGGCGAGGUUCACAAUCCAGGGCUGUGCGUGGCGCUGGAAAGACGUGGUAUGACGUUUGGUUGUUGACUGUGAUUUCUUUUUGUUGUCUGUGAUGAAGGGAAGGGAUGCCGUUGAAGAAGAGAGAUGGAAAAGGAGAAAAGAUAAGAUGGCUUGGCAUGAAGAUGAUGAUGGGACGGAAGUUUUUUUUUGAAUGCCUCUGGAGUUGUGCCUACCCAGGUAGCUUCCAUUUUUGCGUGCCGCCCUGCCUCGCCUCACCGAAGUCACGGAAGCAAAGGUG